AUGGACCCUUGCCCGGAUUUCUGUUCAAAUAAUCUCUUUUGCUCAACGCGGGCCGUCUUGACCACUUUUCACAUGUGAAUACGUACACUUCCCAUCGACCUUUUGGGGUCUAUUGGUGAUCUUUAGCUCCUCUUCUUAAGUCGUUCCGAUAUGGUACAGCGUGAUGGCUGACCCCGAACAUCGCCGGAAUAUAGCUCGAUAAUCUCAUCCUUGUUCACGUUUCUCUUCCCUUGUCCCCUUCUGCCUCGAGCUCCCUCCAUCUAACGCGACCAUGGUGUUUGCGGAAGUGCUUCGAUUACAGACCGACCAGCAGACAUGUUCCUUUCCGGCCUGUUUGGAGCCUCUUCGAGGUCUCUGAGACAAAAGACAACGUCUUCCAAAAAUCGCAACCCGAGGCAGUCGUCACCCUCGUUAUCGACAUCAGAAGAAUCAUCGUCAGAGUUGCCGUCGCAGUCGCAGUCACACUUACAGUCAUACGACAGCCCCCAGAAGUCGAGGUAUAUCGUUGAUGAGUCCCAAAUUGAGCCAAUAGCUCCGCUACCGCACGAUAUCCUUAGCUUGAAUAACGACCUGGAGAGGUUAUCAUCUCUGUUUCCAGACAUACAAAUAGAAGUAUUCCGCGAGAUGCUCUCCCAACUAUCCGACGAGUCAAAAUUGUUCGUAAUUACAGACAUGCUGCUAAAGAAUCCCCAUCUCUAUGUCAAAGGCCGCCGGCGCACCGUGGAUCAGCAAACAGAACAGAAGUCCUCAAUCCCCAAAACCGAAGCCUUCAGGACGUCUGAAUACAAGACCGCCGUUCAAAGGUUAGCCUUCCGAGAAUUCAAAGGCUUAUCUAGGUCGACCAUCAACGCCGUGCUUUCCGAAUCGAACUACUCUUACCUUGACGCACGUCCAACCCUGGUGGACAUUUCGUCGAAAUCAUGGAAAUUUACCUUCUCGUCCCUAAUACUUGGCCGGAAGCCUGUGACAUCAUCUGAGGCCAAAACACAUCCCUUAAUUUCUUGGAGAACAUCCGAGGAUGGUUCGCUAGUGCCUUCAGUGAGAGCGACGGGGAAUGCCGAGCUCGAUCGAGAGUUAUUUGAUGAGCUCAUAUUACCCCUUAAGACGCUUGAAAAAGAUACAAGGGAAAAGACCGAUCGUGCUCUGGCAUUGUCUUUACAGACAAAAGAAGCCGAGGCCUGUGAAGCUACGUAUGAAUGUGCCUGUUGUUACACGGAUGUCGUCUUUGAGGAGAUGACAACUUGUAGUGCUGAGGGUCACAUGGUCUGCUUCCGCUGCGUUCAGCAGUCUAUAACAGAGGCUGUCUUCGGUCAAGGUUGGCAACGUAGUAUACAUAAGGAUACAGGCGCAUUGCGAUGUCCUGCUGUCUGCUCCACUUUCUGUGAAGGUUGUAUCUCUUCGGAUCACAUUCGGCGAGCAAUGGACGGAACUGAGAAGGGGGCUGAGAUAGUAGAGAAACUCGAUCAACGCCUAGCGGAGCAUUGCCUUCUCGCCAGUGGAUUACCGUUAAUUCGGUGUCCCUUCUGCAAUUAUGCGGAAGUCGAUGAACUAUAUAUGCCAGCUAAUACCCGCCCUCCCAGGUUUCGUUUGACCGGGCUUCCGAAUGCGACCGCUAUCGUGCUCGUUGUUCUCUUCUCCCCGGUCUCGGUGUUGUUACUUAGCGCCAUUCUGAUCUCUCUAUUUCUAGCCCUGAAUGGUUCGUUCAGAUUGUUCGUUUCUCAACAGUUCGCCGCAGCUCUGAGUCGUUCUCACCGCCGGCGUCGUGGGCCGAGAUUUGUUUGCCAAAACCCAGACUGUGGGCGUGCGUCCUGUAUGUCAUGUUCAAAAGCGUGGGUAGACAUUCACCUAUGUCACGAGUCAUCUCUCAUCGCCUUGCGCACGCAAGUUGAACAGGCCAUGUCCAUGGCAAUCAAGCGUGUGUGUCCGCGCUGCAACACGUGCUUCGUGAAAACAGAAGGAUGCAACAAGUUGACUUGUCCCUGUGGUUACAAAAUGUGUUAUGUAUGCCGCAAGGAUAUUGGAGCUCCGAAUGAGGGCUACCGACACUUUUGUCAACACUUUCGGCCUGAGGGGGAUGGUAGGAAGUGUACGCAGUGCGACAGAUGCAAUCUCUGGGAAACAGAGAAUACGGACGCUAUCUUGCGACAAGCCAAGGCGGAUGCAGAGCGGAGAUGGAAGAAGACAGAACGCCGCGAACUUUCAAAUGCGGAGAAGGCGUACCUCGAAAGUGGCGCCGGCCACGGUAAUGGGCUGAGCUUUGCUGGCAGAGAGAAGGGGGUUCUUGGCUCUGGCCUUUCUGGUUGCAGAAUUCCGACCCUGGAAGAGAUUUGUGAUUUCGUUGUUGACAACUUCGUCGCUUAGUUGUGUCGUGAGACAUGUUAUGGGGUUUACAGUAGCCAGGCGAGACUGGGGUUUGUUUAUCUGGGGCUAAUACUCAGUCCACAGGACACCAUUUCCUUAUUAUUCAUUAUCCUGUUAGAUGGAAGCUGUGGUAUACACAUUGCAUUGCAUUGGUUGGGCGUUGGCAGAUUGGAGUAUACCCAAGAAGAACGCUUUGUCAUUAUUUUGGUUCUUCAUGACAAGAUUCAGAGGAUGGUCUGGUAUGGUUUGGAUCAAACUACGUACGAUGUAAGCACCUAGGUUAGGUAACCCCUAUGUGUUUAUGAAUGUAACACAGACGAUCCCAGGCAGCCAGAGCAGCAUUAUGCAUGCAGCAUCUAUCCAUAUCUUAUACAUGAUUGUAAUGUAGGAGUAGCUCCUAUGGUGGCAACUUAUCUCGCUCCAUAUGUUCAAUAAUCCUGUAAGUGUGUUCUCUGGGCCACGACGCUUGCAAGUACGUGUACGUCAAAUAUAUUGCACUGUUCGUCUUAAUUCCGAGAAUGUCGGGCAAAGGGCGUGCUAGGGUUCUAGGUCAUUGCCGCGUAUGAAUUAUCUAGGAUCGUCCUCAAGUUAAUAAGCAAAAUGGUGC